UCUUGAAUGAAAACAGUGGAUUUGUAAAAGCACAGCUAUGCAGACGAUCAAGUGCGUCGUUGUUGGUGAUGGUGCAGUGGGUAAAACCUGUCUAUUAAUCUCCUAUACAACUAAUAAAUUCCCCUCCGAAUAUGUACCAACGGUCUUUGAUAACUAUGCAGUUACGGUUAUGAUUGGUGGUGAGCCGUACACCCUUGGGCUGUUUGACACUGCAGGUCAGGAAGAUUAUGAUAGAUUACGACCCCUGAGCUACCCUCAGACAGAUGUCUUUUUAGUCUGUUUCUCAGUUGUUUCACCUUCUUCGUUUGAAAACGUCAAAGAAAAGGUGAGCUUGAAUUAUUUGAACCUUUCAGGACAAUGAAUUUGUUGGUCCCUG